AUGGCAGCUUGUGCUUUGGGGCCGGCACGGCUGCCGAGCACCGCGGCCCUGGCUCUCUUGGCUUUCCAUGAUCCCCUUCCCGGCACUCAGACAAGGUGGAGGAUUAAGCUCCCUAAACUGAGUGUAACUUCACAGCAAAGUCGGGACGGGAAGGCGCAGGUUGGGGAGAGGGGGCCUGUAUUUGGUGUUGGAGGUGCCGGUAGAGACACGAGAGGAAUGAAUUUAACACUGGGGGUUGCAGAAGCGAAUGAGGACAACGUGCACAAGGGAGUUUCUGAUGCGUUAUAUCCUAAUAUUAAAAGAUACGGUAUAGGCAGGAGGCAGGAUGAAGAUCGAACAGAGGAGGACAACAGCAGAGUUGAGCCUGUUGGACAUGCAGACACUGGUUUGGAGAAUGCUACUAAUUUUUCCCUGGAUGAUAUGGUAAAGCUCGUAGAAGUCUCCAACGACGGUGGGCCUUUGGGAAUCCAUGUAGUGCCUUUCAGUGCCCGAGGCGGAAGAACCCUGGGGCUGCUGGUAAAGCGAUUGGAGAAAGGUGGAAAAGCUGAACAAGAAAACCUUUUUCGUGAGAAUGAUUGUAUUGUCAGGAUUAACGACGGAGACCUUCGGAAUAGGAGAUUUGAACAAGCACAGCAUAUGUUUCGCCAAGCCAUGCGUACGCCGUUCAUUUGGUUCCACGUGGUCCCCGCGGCAAAUAAAGAGCAGUAUGAACAGUUGUCCCAAAGCGAGAAGAACAUGUACUACUCCAGCCGGUUCAGCCCUGAUUCCCAGUAUGCUGACGGCAAAAGUAUUAACAAUUCUGGACUUCACACGUUACAAAGAAUGUCUCGAGCGGGUAACCAGUCCGAUCCGACAGACUCCUACUCGCAGCUACCUCAUAGUGUGAAUUCAUCAGGGAAACCACCCUCAGGCCUGGUACCAUCACCUCAGAAAGUUCUCACCUCCACUGCAAACAGUGGGUAUAACACCAAAAAGAUAGGCAAGAAGCUCAGUAUACAGCUGAGAAAAGGUACAGAAGGCUUGGGAUUUAGCAUUACUUCAAGAGAUGUCCCAAUUGGUGGCUCUGCUCCAAUUUAUGUGAAAAACAUCCUUCCGAGAGGUGCAGCUAUUCAAGAUGGGAGACUAAAAGCUGGAGACCGAUUAAUUGAGGUAAAUGGAGUUGAUUUAACAGGAAAAACUCAAGAAGAAGUUGUGUCCUUGCUGCGAAGCACCAAGAUGGGAGGGACUGUCGGCCUUCUGAUUUGUCGACAGGAAGAAACAUUCCAUCCAAGGGAACUGAAUGCAGAACAAAGCCAGUCACAAAUUCCAAAGGAAACGAAAGCAGAAGAAGAGGAGCUUGUCCUCACACCUGAUGGCACCAGGGAAUUCCUGACAUUUGAAGUUCCACUGAAUGACUCUGGAUCAGCUGGACUUGGUGUGAGCGUCAAAGGUAACCGGUCAAAAGAAAACCAUGCCGAUUUAGGAAUCUUCGUCAAGUCCAUUAUUAACGGUGGAGCAGCAUCCAAGGAUGGCAGGCUUCGAGUGAACGAUCAACUAAUAGCAGUAAAUGGAGAAUCACUGUUGGGCAAAACAAAUCAAGAUGCUAUGGAAACUUUAAGGAGGUCCAUGUCCACUGAAGGAAACAAACGGGGAAUGAUUCAGCUUAUUGUGGCGAGGCGAAUAAGUAAAUGCAAUGAGUUGGAGUCACCUGGGAGCCCCUCUGGGCCAGAGCUGCCCAUAGAGACUCUGCUGGACGACCGGGAACGGAGGAUUUCCCACUCCCUCUAUGGCGGGAUCGAGGGUCUCAGCGAGUCACCCACCAGGAACGCGGCGCUGAGCAGGAUAAUGGGUAAAUAUCAGCUGUCUCCAACAGUGAACAUGCCCCAAGAUGACACUGUCAUUAUCGAAGAUGAUAGGCUCUCGGUACUGCCUCCUCAUCUGUCUGACCAGUCGUCGUCCAGUUCCCACGAUGAUGUUGGGUUUGGCACUGUUGAUGCUGGUGGAUGGGCUAAAGCUGCAAUUAAUGAGUCAACAGACUGCACUCUUAGUCCAGAUGUUGAUCCAGUGCUUGCCUUCCAGCGAGAGGGUUUUGGACGCCAGAGCAUGUCAGAAAAGCGUACAAAGCAAUUUUCAGAUGCCAGUCAGUUGGAGUUUGUUAAAACACGAAAAUCCAAAAGCAUGGAUCUAGUAGCUGACGAGACUAAGCUCAGUACAAUGGAUGACCAGAAAACAGGUUCCCCAACCAGAGAUGUGGGGCCUUCAUUAGGUCUGAAGAAAUCCAGCUCAUUAGAAAGUCUGCAGACAGCCGUUGCUGAGGUGACUCUGAAUGGCGAUAUUCCCUUCCACCGCCCGCGCCCACGAAUUAUCCGAGGACGAGGCUGCAAUGAAAGCUUCAGAGCUGCCAUAGACAAAUCAUAUGAUAAACCUGUAGCAGAUGAUGAUGAUGAAGGCAUGGAAACUCUGGAGGAAGACACAGAGGAGAGCUCAAGAUCUGGUAGAGAAUCUGUGUCCACAGCAAGUGACCAGCCAUCCCACUCAUUGGAGAGACAGAUGAAUGGAAACCAAGAUAAAGGUGACAGAAAAAAAGCUGGAAAGGAAAAGAAGAAAGAUCGAGAUAAAGAGAAGGAUAAAAUUAAGGCAAAGAAAGGAAUGCUGAAAGGCUUAGGAGACAUGUUCAGGUUUGGCAAACAUCGCAAAGAUGACAAGAGUGAGAAAACUGGUAAAAUAAAAGUGCAGGAAGCUCUUACUUCAGAAGAGGAGAGAAUACGAAUGAAGCAAGAACAGGAGAG